AUGGUCGAGUUUUUAGCAACAGUUUCAUUUCGAAGGAAAAUUGGUGCGCUCAAGAACAUAAAUUUUACAUUUUAUCUUGGAGGAGAAAGGCAAGAGCUAAGCCUUGCCGAACUUAUGAUGAGGACGAAGAUUUAUCUACCGGCCGAAGUCCAUACAGACUCUUAUUUGGAGUUUAUUACGGGUAGCAUCCGUACCACUGAAGUGUUCAAAGAUGAUACUUAUUGGCUGACCUUUGCAAAUGGCACAUACAACAAGGGCAUCACACAAGAAAGCGAGAUCUGGUUACUUCUCCACCGGCUCCUUCACAUGUUAAUUACAGAUACAAUUAAUCAACGGUGGUCAAAUCUGAUUCUUCUUUCUCAAUCUCAGAUGGUGGUUCUAUGGUUACAGGAUCUGAUUAGGGAGGAAUCCUCGCAGCUCGAUGUAGUUCUUUUAUGUGAGCAUCCAUCUGGUUGGGUGUUGGUACAUUUUACUUCUUGA